AUGAAGUUCAAGGCGUCUCUCCGGUUGGAUACCCUCCCCUAUCUCUUGGGAGCUACGGCGGCCUUGGCACGCAUGGCCAAGAUGGGAGCUGGUAGCCGGUCCACUGCUUCUGCACUGGGGGCUCCUAUCUGCUACUUGAAGCUGACCCCGAACCAGUUCUUUCUCAAUGUGCGGCACUGUGAUGAAAUGGAAGCGUACAUCGAGGCCGAAACCGUAGCGCUCUUCCACCCUGGUUGGGUGAUUGAGAGCAAGAGGCGAAACAACAUCGGACUCGUCGUGGACGUCUUGCAUCUGCACAACACGCUGAAGCUCGCGUCGCACUGCAGCAGAAUCACCAUGAAGCUCGCAAAGCGCCAAGGCCAAGGAGUUCUUUCUUUCGACUUCACGGACGCCCUGAUGGACAAUCUCUGGAUUACCCAGGACUGUCCAGUUCAAACGCUCCAGGGCGAGGAUGUCGACACCGCCGGCACGCCAGACAUUCCUGCGUGUGAAUGGAACGUGGAAGCUCCCAGGCUGCGUCUCGCCCUCAGCGUCCUGGACCGCAUGACGCGCCUCAAGGCAGACGUCGUGACUGUUGAUGUCACACCCACGGCGGCGGCAGAAGGGCACUGCGAGCUCGCUUUCGCUGGAGCCUCGGAUCUUGUGAACGUGAAAACCGCUUUCCCGAAGUGCGCGCUGCUGGUCGCCGACACAAAUACAAAACAACCGACGGCGCCUCAUGUAGCGCGGUCCUUCAAAACGCGCCGGCUUGCCGCGGCGCUCCGGGUGGCGAUGGACAUGUCGCACGGACGGACGAAUGACGGCCUCGUCGCAUGCGUGAUCCCGGAAGAUGAACAAGCGUAUCCAUGGGCUUGCGUUGUGUUUCAUUCCUCCAAGCUGGAGAGCUUGAAGCUGUUCUGUGUGCUACCCACACUUAGACGCCCUAGGGAUGAUAUGAUUUAA